AUUCCCCCUGCGGGUAAGGCAAGGCCACCACCUCCGCUCUCAGGGGAUGAACACGAAAAAUUAUGGACGAUGAACAGGAGGAGCAUUAUAGAUGUUGAGGAAGAGUGAAAGACAUGAUAGAUGAAAGGCAUCAUAGAUGUUGAGGAAGAGGAAUUAGUUUUUUUAGUGAAAACGAAAUAGAAUUAGAAAUGAAUGGAGAUGGAACUAGGGACAUCCUAAGAACGUGUUGAGGAGGAAUUACUUAGAAAUAGUUUUCUCGUGUUGAGGAGGAAUUAGAAUCAGUUUUUUCAGUGAAAACGAAAUAGAAGUGAAUGAAGAAGAUGGAACUAUGGACAUGAUAGAGGUGGAGUAGUUGUUUUCUAUCAAAGGUUGGAAGACACGACUGUGAUCACUCGUGAAGCCAGGACUGUGAUCACUCGUUGAGGAGUCAGUUCUUCUGGUGUCAAAUUCACAUGAAGACUGAAGAUCACCGCGGUAAGAAGAAGAGACAUUUUCGAGGUUCUAAGAAAAGAGAAGCCUGCACCCGGUACGUUAACAGCAGAACGAAGGCGACAGAUAGCAAAUGCUAUAGAGGAAGACUACGGCAGCACCAUCCCAGAAUUCUCUGUUUUAUGGCGAUGAAGGAGUUUAAACUAGGUAUAGAUUUAGAUAGAUAUCGCAGAUGGUGUCGACACUUUUGCUUUACUAGAUAUAAAUAGAUUUAGAUAUCUUUGCAGGUGAUGGCUUCUAUCUGUUUCGUCUUGCCGGUAGUCUAGGAUGACUACUUCAGACGCGAAUGAAUGAAUGCAGGUGAUGCCUUCUCCAUUCUACUGCUACUGCUCGAUUGACUCGGACUGCAUCCUUCUGACUUGGAUGAGACACACUACGUAGUCACGGCGCUUGGCGUGGGAGAACCUGCUGUCAUCCUUCUAGUGCCACUACCCCAACACCAAUCAUGCUCAUCAACACAAGCCCUUCUUCUAAUUUGAGGCACCUUCUUGCGAUCCAAGUCGAUUAUGAAGUUGACAGGCGUACGAGAAUUCGAAGUCAAUGAUGCGACACCCGAAAUAUUGAAGAGCAGAUUAUUGACUGUAGAAGGCAAGCAGCUCAGUGGAGGCAUUGAAGCAGCCAGUGUCGCCUAUCCGACCGAUGAUGCAGCACUGAUGCGAGGAAUCAAUGUGGGAGGAAAUGGGAAGAUUCAGGUGAUAAAUAGCAUGUUUUCACUUGGGUUCUGAGUAGCUUGUUUUGACUUGGGUUCUUUCGGUCAGCUUAUCGCGCGUUCUCUCUCAGCAUGAAAAUCAAGGCUCACCAUAAUAGAGACAGAUACAUUUUCACCAAGUAUAGUAUGGUCAGGAAGAUACGUUCAGGUUCCGAAGCCGAAAUUUUUUGCGAUGGAGCAUGUAAAGUCCACGGUGCAAGCUUCGGCAGGAAGGCGUGGCUUGCUAGGUUGCGUGGCUCCAGACGUGAUAACGAUGUAUCAAAAUUUUCAACACGUCCUCGCCGAGAAGAGCUACGCCUUGCCUCUCACGCGACAAACUAACGUCACUUAUGCCGAUAUGGAUUUUAACAUUUCAGAAGUAAGGAGCCUUUUUCUUGGUACAUGAUAACUCGUACGCCGAUACGUACGAUGGAUCUCCAUAAGAAGUAAGGAUCUCCAACUCCAUAUACGACAGGAGUCUAUGUCUUCUAAUCCCUCAGGAUAGACAUCUAGGGAUGCACAGAAUACUAGAAUUAUUUCCUUUUUUAUGAAAGGAAAAAGUGCACUCACACUCAAGAAACUGGCUAGGAUUCAAGUAGGAAAGUAGCUACUUCCUUGAGUGUGAGUGCACUUUUUCUUUUCAUAUUUUUCCUUCUCUACGUAAGGCUCCACUGGGAUCGGUCUCUAAUCUCAUGGUUGGGGCACCUGUAGCCGGAUCCAAACCACCAUGAGAUUAGAGACCAUAGAAGAUAGUAACUUGAGUUGAAAGCUGUGUCGGUCCGGGGUCCUUGCGUGAUCACUCCGCGCACAUCUUGCCAAGUGGGGCGAGGUGGCAAAGCAGCGACAUUGAACGCCAUCACCAGCGGGCGCGUACUAGCAUCAGGAUGCUGCGGGAGUCGGUCUCUAAUCUCAUGGUGGUUUCGAUCCGGCUACAGGUGCGUGGACGGGCGAUCCGCAUAGCAUGCGCUUCAUGGGUGGCGAAAACGAUGAUGACUGCGGAAAGCCAGGGUGCAAUGCGGGAGUCCUAAAGCAAUUCUCGAGAUGGUGGUUUGGAGGACAAGGGAAUCAGCAGUUAAGCUGUUGAUGAUAGUUUUACUUCGGUGCCUUGUUUUUUGAUAGAAGUACUAGAGAAGAAGAUAUCUUCAGAAUAGAAGAGAUAUAGCUCACUACUACAGGGACCACGAAAGAGGAGUUCAUGAUCUUAGAAGCUUGCUCAAAAGCUUAUCAGCGAAGACGGCCUUUUUGAGCUCAGUGUUUGUGGAUGAAUGUUGCAACCUUGAAAGCGCUAAUGAAUCAAGGACAGCACCACGACACGUAUUCUGGCCCUCCAUCUACUGGAACGGGGAGUGGGCCUCUGUAUGCAGCU